UAACUAUUAGUCAAGCACUAUGACACACACUACAAAGGAAGACUAUAUGUCAAUGAUCUUUACAGUAAUUACUUCCUGACGAGUGUGUUGCUCACAUUCGGUGUACCGCUUGCCAUACUACCGACUCCCGGCACCCAAUGUUGGUGAGUAAUUCAUCAUAACAAUGCGAAUACCGUGAAUGGAUGCGUACAGAUUCAUAUGGUAUAUAAACAACGCUGCGUUCUGGAGGGACUGCUCAUCAGCUUCUCAGAUGGAUCACUACUUGACUCCCCUGUGCCUUUCCCUCGUCUUAUAUGCUAUCUACAGGCGUUACACCAGAAUGUCUCUUUCUCGGGUGCGCGGACCUAAGCCCACAUCGUUCCUUUUUGGGAACCUUCCUGAAUUGUACCAGGGCAUGGCCGGUGAAGCAGAGUUCCGUUGGAAAAACCUCUACGGCAAUGUCAUCCGAGUCAAAGGCAUCCUUGGCGAGGAUCAACUUGUGGUUGCUGAUCCGAAAGCCUUGUCACGGAUAUUCGUCACUGCCGCGUAUCAGUUCCCAAAAGUACCAGAACGUCGAAUUCUGACGUUCAUGAUGCUGGGAAAGAGUGUUCUCUGGGCAGAUGGCGACGUCCAUAAGCGACAGAGGAAGAUAUUGAAUCCUGGCUUUGGGGGAGCUGAAUCAAGGGCAUUCUUAGCGGUAUCACAGGCUGCUGCCCAGGCCAUGGUCGGAAAAUGGAUGGAACUCGUUGAGGCUGAUAAUAGUGGCAAGAUUGUAAUGGACAUCCCAAGCUGGGUCUCUCGAGCAGCUUUGGACGCCAUAGGAGAAGGUGCCUUCGACAUCCGGCUGGGUAGCCUCGAGAAUUCGGAGAGCCCGCUGGCGAAGAAUUACCAAGGGUUGUUGCUGAGCGUCUUUGGUUCCCCUUCGGCGCUACAAAUCUUCAUUCAGGAAGCUAUCAAGUACAUUCCGACAUCGAUCCUCGAAUACUGGGUCAAGUACGCCCCCGUCUCCCGAGCCACACGUCUCCGUGAAGCGAAGAAAGUCACCACUGCCACUGCGGCAACUAUGGUGACAGAGAAGGCAGAGUCUCUUUUGCAAGGGAAGGGGAGCAGGGAUAUUUUCUCGCUGCUUGUCAAAGCAAACAUGGACGCUGAUGCGAAGAACAAACUAAGUGAUGAGGAGCUAUACUCUCAGAUGCGCGUAAUCCUCUUUGCGGGACACGAAACGACUUCAAAUUCGAUCGGUUGGGCCCUGCUGGAAAUGUCCCGAACUCCAGAAAUACAGUCGAGACUCAGAUCGGAGAUAAGGCAACACGAGUCUGCCCUCCGCGCUCGUGGCGACACGCAGUUCACUGCGUCCGACUUGGAUAACAUGCCAUACUUGAAUGCCGUCGUUAAGGAAACUUUGCGAUAUCAUUGUAUACUGCCUCAGGUGUUUCGCAUGGCUGGUCAGGACUACGUUCUGCCACUUUCACAACCAAUUACGACGGAAUCAGGCGAAUUAAUGCAUGAGAUACUCGUUCCGAAAGGGACCCGGAUCAUAGCAUCUGUCGCUGCAUACAACCGCAACAAGGACAUGUGGGGUGAAGAUGCCGACGUGUUCAAUCCAGACCGUUGGUUAGAUGGCAUUGCGAAGGACAAAAAGGAAGCUGCCGUUGGUGUAUACUCCAGCCUGUUGACGUUUGGUGGUGGACCCCGCGCAUGCCUAGGUUGGCGAUUUGCUGUCAUCGAGAUCCAAGCGUUCUUGGUAGAGAUUAUCAACCAAUUCGAAGUAUCGCUCACAGAGAAGGCGAUGCAUAUUCGACUGGAGGGCGAGGUCAGUCGUGGAGUUCAAUUACCACUCGCCAUAUCUGUCGCUCCGCGGGAUGAUGACGCGUACUGA